AUGGACUGGGACCACCUGGCAGAGGAAAAGGCGCAGACCCUCUUCGCCGGAUGGCUCAGGCUGCUCUUCAGAGACUCGACUCUGCCCCUUCGUUUGGCCCAGAACCAUCGGCCGGAUGUUCGCGCGGUUGAAGCAUCAGAGUACACCACCGGCUCAUGCAACAUCUGCACCACGGUUACCUUCGAGGAUGGCCAGCGUGUUGUCGUUCGCUUCCCUCUUCUUGGUCGAAGCAGGUUCCGUCAGGGCAAGUUACUGUCUUCUUAUCUGCGAGACCCGACGGUCAAGUCGCCCAGCUUGAAGCCCGAUGUCGACGAAGGUCAGCUGCGCCAGGCUUACGCCAGCAUGGCCAAAGUGCUGCUUGACCUGUCCAAGCCCGUCCUUUCGUCCAUCGGCGGCCUGGUGUUCGACUGUGACAGAAAAGGAUGGAAGGUCGACAAGAGGCCUCUCACCCUCAACAUGAACGAGCUCGUCAGGGUGGGCAAUGUCCCCCUUCACGUCUUCACCCAGUCCAGCUUCCCAGAUACCCCUUCUUAUUUCUCCCACCUCGCGGACCAGCAGUUCAUGCACUUGUUCUACCAGCGCAACGACGCCGUCAAGGGUUAUGAUGACUGUCGAAAAAAGUACAUUGCCCGCUGCCUCUUCAAGCAAGUGGCCCGUCGUUUAGCUUACACGUCUACCGCUUCGACGUUCCACCUCUACUGCGAUGACCUGCGUCCCUCAAACGUCUUGGUCGACUCGGAUUUUUCUGUUACUGCUGUCAUAGACUGGGAAUACACCUACUUUGCCCCCGCCGAGUUCACGCACGCCGCACCCUGGUGGCUGCUGUUCGAGAGCCCCGAGGCAUGGGAGUCUGACCUCACUCGCUUUCUAGACAGGUACAGGCCUCGUCUGGACCUGUUCCUGUCUGUCCUGCGUAAGGAGGAAGACGCGCGUAUUGCGGCGGGCGAGAUGAGGAAGUCCCAGCGUCUGUCAGGCAGGAUGGCAGAGAGCAUGGAGGACGGGGUGUUUUGGUUCUGUCUCGCCGCCAGGAAGAGUUUUAUGUUUGAUGAUAUCUACUGGACUUUUUUGCAUGGGAUGUUCUUUGACCAGAAGACUGAGCCAGAGGAUUAUUUGACGGCGGAGGAGAAGGAUGGCAUGCAACAGUUUAUCGAGAUGAAAAUCAAGCAGGCCGAAGAAGGGACUCUAGAUGAGCACUCUUCCUUCGACGAGGUCUUUGACAUGUAA